GGAGCUGCAGCUCUCAGGUGGAGUGUGUUAUUAGAUCUAAAGCUCUUCAGGUGUAAUUGGGUUACAGAGUGGAGAUGGUUCAGACCGAACUGGGCGGGUUUUAAACCGGAAACAGUCACAUCAAUCUGGCAACAAGGCUGAGUGUGGAGGAGAAAUCACUGUGAGCUUUCAGAUUCUGUGGAUUUGCUCAGACACAGUCGAUCUCUUCAUCAUCAUCUUCUUCUUCUGUUAUUCGGUAACAUUCCCCCGAAGCGCGAGCCCCAUCACUGAAGGGAAACCAGCUCCGCGUGGACAGAGCUGUUUUUUUUAGGUGGUGUGUGUGUGUGUGUGUGUGUGUGUGAGAUGCGCUGAGGAAGAGGAGGGGGUGUUCCUGUAGCUCGGUUCCUCGGUUGCUCUGCGCGCUCCUGACUCGAGCUCGCGCCACAAACCCCACGCGCUCCUGAUCUGAAGCGAUGCGGAUUAUUUUCCGCUUUUUCUCUCCGGAUGUGUGGCGCGCGCGCGAGACAGAAAAUAAAUAACGAGAGCAUCACAAUCUGACUUCGGUGGGGAUUUUAUUUAUUAUUAUUAUUAUUAUUAUUAUUAUUAUUAUUAUUAUUAUUACUUCCCCCCUUUCCUGUUCCCGAGCGCGCGCUCGCAUCACUCAUCGCCAUUAGGAGAAACGGAAUGGGGAAAAAAGCUUAAUUUCCUGCGCGCACGCUGUUGUGAAUGAGCUCCAUCCGGUACCGGAGAGUUUGGACUUGGAUAUCCACGCAUCAUCAUCAUCAUCAUCAUCGUCAUCCUCCUCCUCCCUUUUCUCCUCAUCAGCCGCUGCGGAUGUUACAGAAUUAAAUAAAUUAUUGCCGGUGUUUUCCGCCCUGUUCUGCGCUCGGUGCGCUCGCGCUCGCAGGGAGGGAGACUCGGUGACUCGGUGUUCGGUAUCGCGAUGCUGAGAGGGGCGGUAUCUCCACGGCUCGGGGCGCGCGGAGGCUCAGGAGCGAGCAGCUGAGUGAUGAGGAUGAGGACGCGGCGCUGUGGAGGAGGAAGAAGAUAAGCAGCAGCAGCAGCAGCAGCGUUUCACGGGAUGGCGCGGUUCGGAGAGCCCGGUGUGCCCGGUGGGGGCUCGGUGGCCCGGGGCGGAAGCAGGCAGGGAACUCAGCGCGUGUACAAGCAGUCAAUGGCGCAGAGAGCGCGCACCAUGGCGCUGUAUAACCCCAUCCCCGUGCGCCAGAACUGUCUCACCGUCAACCGCUCUCUCUUCCUGUUCAGCGAGGACAACGUGGUCCGGAAGUAUGCCAAGAAGAUCACAGAGUGGCCUCCAUUUGAGUGGAUGAUUUUAGCUACCAUCAUUGCUAACUGCAUUGUUUUAGCACUUGAGCAGCAUUUACCUGAUGAUGACAAAACACCACUCUCAGAACGACUGGAUGACACUGAGCCGUACUUCAUAGCAAUUUUCUGUUUUGAGUCUGGCAUUAAGAUUCUGGCUCUGGGUUUUGCCUUCCAUAAAGACUCAUACCUUCGCAAUGGCUGGAAUGUCAUGGACUUCGUUGUGGUGCUGACUGGUAUUUUAUCCACUGUUGGUUCUGAGUUUGAUUUGCGGACGCUGCGUGCGGUCAGAGUGCUGCGACCUCUCAAGCUUGUCUCAGGAAUUCCAAGCCUGCAGGUGGUGCUGAAGUCCAUAAUGAAGGCAAUGAUCCCUCUGCUGCAGAUUGGAGUUUUGCUGUUUGUUGCAAUCCUCAUGUUCGCCAUCAUCGGCCUUGAGUUUUACUCUGGAAAAUUCCACAAAGCCUGUUAUGACAAUGUCACAGGAGAGCUUCUUGACGAUCAGCUGUGUGGUGAUGAGUUACCGGCACGUGUGUGUCCUCCUGGAUCCGUGUGUAAUGACACGUGGCUCGGACCGAAUUACGGAAUCACGCAGUUUGACAACAUUCUGUUCGCUGUGCUCACCGUGUUCCAGUGCAUCACUAUGGAGGGCUGGACAGAUAUGCUUUAUUAUAGUAACGAUGCUUUAGGAAGCACUUGGAACUGGAUGUACUACGUCCCGCUCAUUAUCAUUGGCUCUUUCUUUAUGCUCAACUUGGUGUUGGGUGUGCUGUCUGGUGAGUUUGCUAAAGAGAGGGAACGAGUUGAGAACCGCAGUGAGUUUCUGAAGUUGCGGAGACAGCAGCAGAUCGAGAGAGAACUGAAUGGAUAUCUAGAGUGGAUCUGCAAAGCAGAGGAAGUGAUUCUGGCUGAAGAUGACACUACAGGAGACCGCUCUCGCCGCAGACCCACUAUAAAAAAGAGUAAAACUGACCUGCUGAACCCGGAGGGAGGACAGGAUCACAUGGGGGAUGCAGUGGGUCUGAAAGCUGAGGGCUCCAGUUUUAGCAAGAAAGAGCGCCGUUUCCGUAUCCUUGUACGUAAGAUGGUAAAAACUCAGGCGUUUUAUUGGACUGUCCUCAGCCUCGUUGGUCUGAACACACUCUGUGUCGCCGUUGUCCACUACGACCAGCCCGAACUGCUCUCUGACUUUCUGUUUUAUGCAGAGUUUAUCUUUCUGGGCCUCUUCAUGAUGGAGAUGCUGAUAAAGAUGUACGGAUUGGGGACGAGGCCGUACUUCCACUCCUCCUUCAACUGUUUUGACUGUGCUGUGAUCGUCGGCAGUAUAUUUGAGGUGAUCUGGGCAGUGAUAAAACCUGGCACUUCAUUUGGGAUCAGUGUACUGCGAGCACUGAGACUGCUCCGGAUCUUCAAAGUUACAAAGUACUGGGCUUCUCUGCGUAAUCUGGUAGUGUCUCUGUUGAAUUCAAUGAAGUCCAUCAUCAGCCUUCUUUUCCUCCUCUUCCUCUUCAUCGUGGUGUUUGCCCUUCUGGGGAUGCAGCUGUUUGGGGGACAGUUUAACUUUGACCAGGGAACUCCUCCUACAAACUUUGACACCUUUCCUGCAGCCAUCAUGACUGUGUUUCAGAUCCUGACAGGUGAGGACUGGAACGUGGUGAUGUAUGAUGGGAUCCAAUCUCAGGGGGGUGUUCACAAGGGAAUGAUCUCCUCUGUGUUCUUCAUCGUACUCACGCUUUUCGGUAACUACACGCUGCUGAAUGUGUUCUUGGCCAUCGCUGUGGAUAAUCUGGCUAAUGCUCAGGAACUCACCAAGGAUGAGCAGGAAGAAGAAGAAGCCACCACACAGAAAAUCGCUCUCCAGAAAGCUAAAGAGGUUGCUGAGGUCAGCCCACUCUCUGCUGCGAACCUCUCUAUCGCUGCUAAGGAACAGCAGAAGAACUCAAAGCCCCCUAAGUCAGUGUGGGAGCAGCGCACCAGCGAGAUUCGCCGCCAGAACCUGAUGACCAGCAGAGAGGUGCUCUACAAUGAACUGGACUCUGAAGACCACUGGAAGCAGACAAAUUUCUGUAACCGCCCCGACAUGAAGACGCACUUAGAUCGCCCCCUGGUGGUGAACCCUCAGGAGAACCGCAACAACAACACCAACAAACCCAGACCAGAAGAACCAGGACAGCAUGAACACCGCAUCUCCCCCCCACCCAGUUACCAACCCCGUCCACGCCACAGGCACUGCCCACACACCCAGGAAGACAAGGACAGGAAGCAUAGGAGACAUCAUCACAGUAACCAUGGAGACAGAGAUGGGAGGAGGGAACGGAGCUGCAGCCAUCACUCAAGGAAUCAGUGCAGUGAGGACCUGGAUAACGUUAGGAACAACAGCAUGCUGAUCCUUCAUGACCCAGAGCUCCGCCUCCAUCAUCCAUACAACCCGUAUGACCCCUAUGACCCCUGCCAUGACCCUGAGCUGACCAAAAAUGUGCUGAAUCUGAGGGGGCGGAGCUUACCAGAGAGUGUCCUCAUCCUCACUGACCCGAUGAAGAGUCCCAGUAAAGAGUUUAUAGCCAUCGACAUGCAGCCGCUGUACCCAUCACUCACAGGCCAGCUCCAGGUGAAUAAGAAUGCAAACACUGAAGCAACUAAAGACGGCGAGAAGAAAGAGGAGGAAGAUGAUGGUGGAGGUGAUGAAGAUGGUCCCAAACCCAUUCCUCCGUUUAGCUCCUGCUUCAUCAUGUCUCCCACCAACCCGUUCCGUAAAUGCUGCCACUACAUUAUGACUCUGCGUUAUUUUGAGAUGUGUAUUCUGUCUGUAAUUGCUAUGAGCAGCAUCGCUCUCGCAGCAGAAGAUCCCGUCUGGCCCGACUCACCUCAGAAUAACGUUCUUCGUUACUUUGAUUACGUCUUCACUGGCGUCUUCACUUUUGAGAUGCUGAUUAAGAUGGUGGUGCUGGGUAUAGUUCUUCAUGAAGGAGCUUAUUUUCGUGAUCUGUGGAAUUUUCUGGACUUUAUAGUGGUUAGUGGCGCUCUGGUGGCAUUCGCCUUUUCGGGAAGCAGUAAAGGCAAAGACAUCAGCAUCAUCAAAUCCCUGAGAGUGUUACGAGUCCUGCGACCACUCAAGACCAUCAAACGUCUUCCUAAACUGAAGGCUGUGUUUGAUUGUGUGGUGAAUUCUCUGAAGAACGUUUUGAACAUCCUCAUCGUCUACAUGCUGUUCAUGUUCAUCUUUGCUGUUGUGGCUGUGCAGCUUUUUAAAGGGCGAUUUUUCUGCUGCACAGAUGAGUCCAAAGAGUUUGAGCGUGACUGCCGGGGUGAGUAUCUGGUGUAUGAACGUGAGAAUGAGGUAAAAGCUCAGAAACGCGAGUGGAAGAAGUACGACUUUCACUAUGACAACGUACUGUGGGCUCUGCUCACACUCUUCACUGUGUCCACGGGAGAGGGCUGGCCAGAGGUGCUGAAGCACUCUGUGGACUCCACCUUUGAGAAUCAGGGCCCCAGUCCAGGUUAUAGGAUGGAGAUGUCCAUAUUCUACGUUGUCUACUUUGUUGUGUUUCCAUUCUUUUUCGUGAACAUCUUCGUCGCUCUCAUCAUAAUAACCUUCCAGGAGCAGGGGGACAAGAUGAUGGAGGACUACAGCCUGGAGAAGAAUGAGAGAGCAUGUAUUGACUUUGCGAUUAACGCGAAGCCGCUAACACGUCACAUGCCAGAGAACAAGCUGAGCUUCCAGUACCGAAUGUGGCAGUUUGUGGUGUCACCUCCAUUUGAGUACAGUAUCAUGAGCCUGAUUGCCCUCAACACCAUCGUUCUAAUGAUGAAGUAUCAUGAAGCUUCAGAAAUGUAUGAUAAAGUGCUGAAAAACCUGAACAUCGUUUUCACCAUCCUCUUCUUCAUGGAGUGCAUCCUGAAAAUGAUCGCCUUCGGAGUUCGCAAUUAUUUCCGAGAUGCUUGGAACAUUUUCGACUUCGUGUCCAUCUUAGGCAGCAUCACAGACAUCUUAGUGACGGAGCUGUGGAACAACAUCAUCAAUGUGAGGUUCCUUCGUCUGUUUCGUGCUGCUCGUCUCAUUAAGUUGUUGCGACAGGGCGAGACAAUUCGAAUUCUCCUUUGGACCUUUGUCCAGUCCUUCAAGGCUCUGCCGUAUGUCUGCCUGCUUAUUGCCAUCCUCUUCUUCAUUUAUGCCAUCAUUGGCAUGCAGCUCUUUGGUAAUUUAGCAUUAGAUGAAGAAGGAGAAAGUGCCAUAAAUGAACACAACAACUUCAGAACUUUCUUCAUGGCACUGAUGCUGUUGUUCAGGAGUGCUACAGGCGAGGCAUGGCAUGAGAUUAUGUUGUCAUGUUUGGGUGGGAUGCCAUGUGACCCUGCUUCUGGAAACCAGACGGACGAGUGUGGCAGCAACUUCGCCUACGCUUACUUCGUCUCUUUCAUCUUCCUCUGUUCAUUCCUGAUGCUGAAUCUGUUUGUAGCAGUAAUCAUGGAUAAUUUUGAGUAUUUAACCCGCGACUCAUCAAUUCUUGGCCCUCACCAUCUGGAUGAAUACGUCAGAAUCUGGGCAGAGUAUGACCCAGCGGCAUGUGGCAGGAUCAGUUUCAGUGAUUUGUAUGUGAUGCUGCGCCACAUGUGCCCACCGCUGGGCCUCGGGAAGCGCUGCCCUGCUCGUGUGGCGUACAAGAGACUGUUGCGUAUGGAUUUGCCUGUUGCUGAUGACAACACGGUACAUUUCAACUCCACACUGAUGGCAUUAAUUCGUACUGCACUUGAUAUCAAGAUCGCUAAAGGUGGAGCUGAUAAACACCAGAUGGAUGCGGAGCUACGAAAGGAGAUGAUAGCAAUUUGGCCGAAUCUGUCCCAGAAGCAGCUGGACCUGCUGGUCACACCACACAAGUCAGCUACAGACCUGACAGUGGGGAAGAUCUAUGCUGCCAUGAUGAUUAUGGAGUAUUACAGACAGAGUAAAGCCAAGAAACUGCAGGCGCUCCGAGAAGAACAGAACCGAACACCAUUAAUGUUUCAGCGCAUGGAGCCGAACACUAGUCAGGACAAAGGUCACGAGAUCAACGAGGUCAAUGGAGGUCAUGGGGUCAAGGAGGCCCCACAGGAAAACCAUGACAAUCUUCCUGUUGAAUCCUGGGUAACUCCUCGUUCUCAGAUCUUCCAGAAAUCUGCUGAUGAGAACUGGAGCACAGACUCACCAUACCAUCAGCAGGAAAACCGACACAACACACAGACAGUAGAAAUGAGAACGAUGCCUGUUCACUCCGACACUGACACAUCACUACCACUGGAAGGGAGGACUGUCUCCAUGCCCCGCCUCCCACUACAUCACCAACAACGGAGAAACAAACUUCGAGGAAGUAACCUCAGUACCAUUUCUGAUGUGAGUCCAUUGAGGCGUUCUACAUCCUCUUUGGUUCACGGGCGUUCAGGUCGAGGCCUGCGAUUGGAUGAUUACUCUCUGGAGAGGGUGGAGUCAGAGGAGGGGCCUAGACAUGGGAGAAGGAGGAGAGAGAGAGAAAGAGAGAGGGAAAGAAAUCACCGCACCUCCGAGAGAUCACUGACUCGCUACACAGAUGCUGAUACAGGGCUGGGUACUGAUCUCAGUACCACCACACAGUCAGGUGAACUUCCUCCUAAAGAGCGAGAGCGAGAAAGAGGAAGAGCCAAAGACCGGCGACAUCAUCACCACCACCAUCAUCAUCAUCAUCAUCACCACCAUAGCUCAGUGGAGAAAGAGCGGUAUGAGAGAGAGCGAGAGUACCAUCAUCAUCCUCACAACAGACACGACACACGCUUGUCACGUUCACCCAGUGAAGGCAGAGACGGCAGGGCACGCAGACAGGGAAGCAGUUCUGUGAGUGUUAGUCCAGUUCCCUCAACGUCAGGAACCAGUACACCGCGCCGCACUCGACGUCAGCUCCCCCGGACUCCACCCACACCGCGCCCGCAUGUUACAUAUUCACCUGCCCCCAGGAAACCACUCCCACCACCCACUCCUCGCCGUGAGCCUCCACCCAUCGGCCCGCCUUCUCGCCGACCCUCCCCCCGCCGUGCACCAUUCUAUGACCGCCGUUUUGAAUACGAGCCUCCGAACUAUGAGCAGAGUGUGACGCAAGGACACUCCCAUACGCCCCGUCACGGCUCCACCCACCACAGUCCUUCCCACCGCAGUCCUGCCUCUCAUCACAGACGUGUACCCAACGGCUACCGCUCCUCCUCCUCUCCAUCUCCACACCGCCGAGGCCCCACCCACCAUGGCAUGCAGCGUGCCCCACAGCCCCGCCCACCCCGGAAGAGUCUCCAUGAGCCGUACAGUGAGACAGAUGAGGAUGACUGGUGCUAAAAUCCUGCUCUUAAUACACACCACAAUCAGAGACAGACGGAAAGGAUGCGUGUAACUACACACACAAACACACAUGGAUGGUGCAGAGUUGUGUAUAUGUGUGCAUGUGUGUGUUUGUGUUUGUGUAUAUAUGUGUGUAAGAGACUUUUAAAAUUCAAGCAACACACACAGCAUAAAGCAAAGUGAGAGGUCUUGCUACUUGUUCUCUCUCUUUUGGAUCGCUCUCUGACUUCUGGACUACAUUACCCAGAAGGCUGUGUGAUGGAGGGAGGGAGGGGCUGGGGUGUGACCUGGGGUAUAAUCAGCAUGGUUGUCUCCAGUGUGUCUCCUCUCAAAGUAACAAGGUGGAAAAACAAGUUGGUUUUACUAAUGCAAAGAAAGAAGAAAACCAUAGAAGAAAAAAAAACAGUAAAGACAGCGUGCUCUUAUAACUGAGAGCUCCUCCUACUGCAAAACUAGCCAAUGGCGUCGCAGCCUGCUACUGAUGAGUUUUAUCAUCUAUGUUUACUCAACAUGCUGAGUGACCUCAUAGUCUAGAGCUUGGGUACCGGGGGAGGGGCGGGGCACUGAUGAGGACAGAAUGAUUAGCCAUCUGCGAGGAGCCACUGAUCAGAGCCACGCCCACAACACACCCUUCACAAGCAAGUGAAGAAGGAAUAAAAGGGCAGAGCAGUGGAUGAGAGACUAAUUCAUCUUCAGUCUUUAAUUCAUUAAUGAAAUUCUUCUUCUUUGUGGACGUUUGAGGAGCACGCGCUGUUCUGUUGCUUUAUUUCCUCUUUUUGGACUCAAAGGACCUGAAGGAAACCUGCAUGAUUGAUUAAAAAAACAACAAAACAAACAGCUGAACUGUGACUGAUGGAGUGGCCAUGGAUCUGUUUAAUUUAUUUAGAAGAAAUUCUCUUCUCUCGCUUUCUCUUUGCUGCACAGCACCAUUUAUUAGUGGUGAAGAAAAAUUUUUAAAAACUGAUGAUCUGUCUUUCAGGAUGAGCAGAGAAAGAGCAGGAGAAAAUUUCUAUUUUUCUUUUUUCUUUCCCAUCAAUAAUAAUAAUAAUAAUAAUACUAAUACUAAUACUACUAAUAAUAAUAAUAAUAAUAAUAGUCAGAUACAAUAAUGAAUAAGUUUUAUGUAAUGAAUAAUGAUCAUGUGACUGGUGGCAGCGGUGGUCAUGUGACUUUUGUUUAUUGUUUUUGUUUUGCUUGUUUGUUGUUUGUUUGUUCAUUUACGGUCGGUCUUACCGAACACUAAGGCCCCAACUGCAGGGAACAGUAAGUUGGGACGCAGCCCGUGAAUCCUUCUCUAAGGGGACAGGAGGAGGGCGGGGCUCUUCACUCACUACUAAGUGCACUCCAGACUGUAGUGGACUUUGUGCCCUCAGAUCUUUUCUACUGCAGGAGUUUUAACUGUUUCAGCGUUUUUCAGCUGAACACACACGCUGAAGUUCAGGGCUCAUCUGUGUGUCACUGUGUGUGUGUGUGUGUGUGUGUGUGUGUGUGUGUGUGUGUGAGAGAGAGAGAGAGAGAGAGAGAGAGAGAGAGAGAGACGGCGUGACAGCGGUUGUUGAAUAUGUGGUAGCAUGUCUCCUUGGCAACUCCGUAAACCGCCACUGACCACCAGAGGGCGUCACCUCAUCACAUACACAAAAUCUAACACACACCCACACACGCACAAACACACACACACGCACUUUCAGACAUACACACAAAUACACACAGACACAAAAUGGACCUGGGGGAAUUUACCUUCACCAAAACUGCAUGCUGUAGAUACACACCUCUUAAUACACACCACAUUAUAGUCACUGCCACUACAUAAAACACACACCCACACACAAACACACACAUACACACAGACCUGGUUUGUGUUUAUUUUGUUCACUACACAGUGAGUGUGUAUCUAUGCAGAGAGACAGUUCUCCGUCUGAGAAAAAUGUGUGUGCGUGUGUGUAUACGUGUGUAUGCGUAUGUGUGUACGCACACAGGAGUUAAAUUGGCCAAAGCACAGGACGUGGCGCUCUCUACUAAUCCAUCAUCUUGCUCCAUAAAUGAGUUAAUGAUACCUCGAGCUUUAAUUGACCUGUAUUACUAAUACUGUGAUUUUAUCACAGUAUUAGAAUUCAUUCCAGAACAUUCUGGUGCAGAGGUAGUUGUAGUUUAUAUGAGUUUAUUUUAGUUUAGUUUGCAGAAGUAAUUUAGUUAGAAAUUCUCACUAAGUUAAAUCUAACGAUUCUUCAUACAGCAAGACUGUUUCACAUCUACACAUUUACUUCUAAAACACUACAGUCGGGAUUAAACGCUACAGUCGGGAUUAAGCGCUAUAGUCGGGAUUAAACGCAACAGUCGGGAUUAAACGCUACAGUCGGGAUUAAGCGCUAUAGUCGGGAUUAAACGCUACAGUCGGGAUUAAGCGCUAUAGUCGGGAUUAAACGCAACAGUCGGGAUUAAACGCUACAGUUCAUGAAGUCCAUUUUCAACUCCACAUAAUAACACACAAACCGAACAAAUCUCCUACCCCGAUGAUCAUCAGUCUGCGUCUGCUUGUACUACAGAAAAGAAGAGGAACUACACUGAACGUGUGUGUGUGUGUGUGUGUGUGCAUGUGCGUGAAUCUGUGUGUUUUUGGUUUUUGUGUUUAACCAAUAAGGGCUCUUCGUGCUGCCAAACUCAUCAGGACUCGUGUGUGUGUGUGAUAAAAGGUGCACCAUGCCACACACACACACACACACACACACACACACACAGUGUCUCUCUUUCAUUCUCCUUACCCACAAUGCAUCACUCUCCCCACACAGUAGGAGUCACGUACAUAAACAACGAACAUGACCUCAUCCUCCUAUGGUGACGCCCAAAGCCUCUCCCGCACUGAUUCCCAUUAGCCAAUCACAUCACAGUUCCCCCUGCCGAUCAUAAAGAAAGUGUAACGGGCCUGAUCGCCAUGGCGACGAGGUGUGUAAUGCCCUGCAUGUGCAAUGUGCAUGCAACUCCAGGAUUAAACAUUAAAGAGAAUAAAGAGUGUAACACACAGAACAACUGCUGAGUGUCGGUCCUUUACUGUACCACCUAACACACAGUACACAUUAUACCCCAUCAGAACCACACAGAACCACACAACAACUGCUGAGUGUCAGUCCUUUACUGUACCACCUAACACACAGUACACAUUAUACCCCAUCAGAACCACACAACCACUGCUGAGUGUCAGUCCUUUACUGUACCACCUAACACACAGUACACAUUAUACCCCAAACAGAACCACACAGAGCCACACAGAACAACUGCUGAGUGUUGGUUCUUUACUGUACCACCUAACACACAGUACACAUUAUACCCCAAACAGAACCACACAGAGCCACACAGAACAACUGCUGAGUGUCGGUUUCUUGCCUGUUGUUGGGAAUGUCUAAUCACUCGGAGAAGGAAGUGCACACAGAAGCCAGGCCUCUAAGGCAACUUGCACACACAGUCUCAGUAUCUUGGGCACUAGAGCUAAUCGAAAGGGUCCCUCUGCGUUCUACAUCAGUGUGCAGCUUUCACAUCUGUGGUCACAUUGUUCACCACUUGCAUCACAUCUGGUAUAGCAUCAUGAAUGGCUGUCAUUGUAGAAACACAUUUAGGUUUCUUAGAUUCAAAUGGGGCAAAUUCUAUUUUUUGUAGUGUUUAAUCCUUCAGAAAACAUCUUGAAAUGAAUGGUCCAUGUACUGUGCCUACUGCCUGUGUUUGCUAUGGCUCCUAUAGCCUGCAGGAUCUCCCAGUGUGGACAUGGUCUCAUUAAGGGCCAUAUACUAUGAUGUUAGAGAUGCAACUUGCAUUUGCCAGAGUAUCAUACCAGCAUGUCAGCACUUUUACAUUUGGGUUGUGUAAAGCAGCAUGAACUUAUAUGCAAAGCCUCAUCAGCCCGUACCAGCAGUCUCUCUAGCCAGCAUGCCUGGCAUCACAGCUGCUUUAAUGAUGCUCUUACACACGUAUUAGCCCAGUCACUCAUUUGGGCAUAUGCACAAUGAAAUAGGUUAGGUAUUUGAUAAGCUGGGUUGAGUGGAGGAUCUGGUUUCAGUUUUGACAAAGCGACUGUAAUUCCAGCCUGUUGCCCAUUUACUGCUGCUGCUGCACUGCACGCCUGCCUUACACUCUGACUGUCACAAUGCUGCUAUUUCAGCAUUCACCACCAACAUAGGCCUCAAGUUUAGAGAAUCAGAUGCAGCCUGAUGUAGAUAGAUGCUGAUGUAUGCCGAGAGUAUAUCAGGGUCUAUCUAGCUGUACCAAACUGCUUUGAGCUCUGCACUUCAAUGUGCUGUUGCAUUUCACUAACACCUCUUGAACGUGGCCCGUGUCUGCUAUGAGCCCCUAUACUCUGCAUUCCACUGUGGUAAAGGCGUUCACGCUUCACUUUCCAUGGGGAUCAGCAGUUCAGUCUGUUGAGUGUGCAUAAUGCAUCACUAUCGACAUCAUGCUGCAGUUAAUACAAGGCUCUGGUACUGCUUGUCAAACAUGUUCUGGUCCCAAACAGUUUGUGUAAUGAUCAAGUCCAUCAUCCAACUCCACAGGGCCCUGGCAGAACAAACCCAGAAGACGCAAACAUGUAGGCAACAUUGACGCAAUGUGUACAAAUACAGCUGUACUGCAUUGAAAUACCAUAUUGAUGUAGGCUACAGACUUUAAUACAUUUUAUAUACAGUUUCCUCUGAAAGUAUUGGAACACAAGGCCAAUUCUGUUGUUUUUGCUCUACACUGAAAACAUUUGGCUUUGAGAUCAAAAGAUGAAUAUGAGACGAUAGAUCAGAAUUUCAGCUUUCAUUUCCUGAUAUCAAGACAUGUUACACAACUUAGAACAUGGCACCUUUGGUGGCAGACCACCCAAUUUUUAGGUGAGCAAAAUUAUUGGAACAGAUAGUCGAAAAGUAAAUAACACUUAAUAUUUGGUUGCAUAUCUCUUGCUUGCAAUAACUGCGUCAAUCUGGUGACCCAGUGACAUCACCAAACUGCAGCAUUCUCCUUUUGCGUUGCUUUUCCAGGCUUGUAGCAGCAGCUUCUUUCAGUUGUUGAUAGUUUUGGGGGGUUUCUCCCUUCAGUCUCCUCUUCAGGAGGUGAAAUGCUGCUCAGUUGGGUUAAGGUCUGCUGAUGGACUUGGCCAGUCUAAAACCUUCCACUUUCCCCCUGAUGAAGUGCUUUGUUGUGUUGCAGUGUGUUUUGGGUCGUUGUCUUGCUGCAUGCUGAAGUUCCUCCCUAUUAGAUUAGAUGCAUUUCUCUGUAAAUUGUCAGACAGAAUGUUUUUGUAGACUUCUGAAUUCAUUCUGCUGCUACCAUCAUGAGCUCCAUCAUCAGUAAAGAUUAGUGAGUCUGUUCCAGAAGCAGAUGCAAGCCCAAGCCAUGACGCUACCUCCACCAUGCUUCACCCAUGAGCUCGUAUGUUUUGGAUCAUGAGCAGAUUCUUUCUUAAUUAGAAGGUAAAUGGAGUCAAACUAAAUCUGUAGUAUUUCAAACAUCAUGGAAGGAGAGCCUCCUGAGAUAUAGAAAAGCUCUUGGUGCUGCUAGAUCAAUGUAUCUCUCCACAGUAACUGAAGAUAAAAAUAAUCCUAGAUAUUUAUUUAAUACUAAAUAAGACCACAAUAGAAACACGCACACAAUCAUUAUAUAGCAGUGAUGACUUCAUGAAUUUUUUCAAUGAUAAAAUUGAAAAUAUCAGGCAAAAAAUUCUGACAAUUAAUUUAAAACUGGACAGUUUUAUAACUAACUCUGUAGAUAAUAAUAUAAUGAUAUCAGAUCAACAAUUACAUGUUUUACUCCCCUUUGAGAGACCAAAUUAAUUUCACUAAUUUCAUCAUCAAAAUCAUUUAUCACUACUUGUCACUACUUGUUUCUUCAAACAGAUAAUUCCAGAAACAAUCAAUCCUUGUGGAGAUGGCUUGGAGAUCUCAUAUGGGGAGCUGUACUGUGGUGGCUUUGGGGCUGCAGUUGUCACGAGCAGUUUUGUACUCGGGUCUCCGUCAGUGAACAGUGAAUAGAUUCAACAAUCCAGACUUCAUGUGAAAACUGUAAUGAGUUUCCUGGUUACACAACUGUACUAUUUGUCCAUGUAGUACACAGUUAUAGAAGGGAUUUAUUUAUAUUCGCACUAUCCGUUGCACCCAGAUGAGGAUGGUUCCCUUUUGAGUCUGGUUCCUCUCAAGGUUUCUUCCUCAUAUUGUCUCAGGGAGUUUUUCCUCACCACUGUCACCUCUGGCUUCUCAUUAGGGAUAAAUUCAUAAAUUUACAAUUUAUUUUGGUUUAAUUUAAUAUGAAUGUAUUUAUUUCUGUAAAGCUGCUU